CAAGUGCUGGCUGCACUCAGCAGUGUUGACGGGCUCACUGCUGUCUGUCAGCCAGCAUGCCGCAGAGAAAGAGGAGUUUCACUUUUGGAGCCUAUGGAGGAGUGGACAAGACCUCCAAGGCCAGAGGUAUUUGGAAACAAGAUGGGAGCGACCCCCGGAUAUCUGCGCCACUAGAGCCUCCGAUGCUCCAGACGCCCCCAACACACACAGCCUUGCCGCUUCACAAGAACACAGAUUUAUUUGAAAUGAUUGAAAAGAUGCAGGGCAGCAGGAUGGAUGAGCAGAGAUGCAGCUUCCCUCCACCUCUCAAGACUGAAGAGGAUUAUAUUCCAUACCCAAGUGUCCAUGAGGUGCUGGGGAGGACGAGCCCCUUUCCUCUCAUCCUGCUGCCACAGUUUGGUGGUUACUGGAUUGAGGGGACCAACCACGAGCUGGGUGAGGCCGAGCUGCCCCGGCCUCCGUCCCCGAACACUCGCACCAAACUGGAAUGUAACACAACAGCUGCACUCUUCAGGAAACACUUCCUGGGAAAGGAGCACUUUAAUUACUAUUCAGUGGACAGUAACCUCGGACAUCUGGUGUUCUCCAUAAAAUAUGAUGUGAUUGGUGACCAGGAACAUCUCCGCCUCAUGCUCAGGACCAAGCUGAAAACCCACCAAGAUGUCAUCCCCAUUUCCUGUCUGACAGAGUUUCCUAAUGUGGUCCAAAUGGCCAAGCUUGUCUGUGAAGAAGUCAACGUGGACCGCUUUUAUCCUGUCCUUUAUCCAAAAGCUUCAAGACUUAUUGUCACAUUUGAUGAACAUGUGAUAAGCAACAAUUUCAAAUUCGGGGUCAUCUACCAGAGGUUUGGACAGACGUCAGAAGAGGAGCUGUUUGGCAACAGCGAAGAGAGUCCUGCCUUUGUAGAGUUCCUGGAGUUUCUGGGAGAGAAAAUUGAACUCCAUAACUUUAAAGGUUUUCGAGGAGGACUGGACGUGACUCAUGGGCAGACUGGCACAGAAUCCGUCUACUGCAACUACCGCAACAAAGAGGUCAUGUUCCAUGUGUCCACAAAGCUGCCUUACACAGAGGGGGACACCCAGCAGUUGCAGAGAAAAAGACACAUAGGGAAUGACAUUGUGGCCAUUGUUUUCCAAGAUGAAAAUACUCCCUUUGUUCCAGACAUGAUCGCAUCAAACUUUCUUCACGCUUAUAUUGUGGUCCAAGUGGUCAACCCCUGCUCUGACAAUGUUCUGUACAAGGUGUCGGUGACAGCGCGGGAUGAUGUUCCUUUCUUUGGUCCGGCCCUCCCAAAUCCUGCUGUCUUUAAGAAAGGCCCUGAAUUCCAGGAAUUCCUUUUUACCAAGCUAAUCAAUGCAGAGUACGCAUGUUACAAAGCUGAGAAGUUUGCCAAAUUGGAGGAACGAACACGAUCGGCUUUGCUUGAAACCCUUUAUGAGGAGCUCCAUGUGAACAGCCAGGCUAUAAUGGGAGUGGGAGGAGAGGAGGACAAGAUUGAAAAUGGGAGCGCAGGAGGAGGAGGCUUUUUCGAGUCCUUCAAGCGGGUGAUCCGCGGUAGGAGCCAGUCAAUGGACGCUGUGAGUCUAACUUUCAAGAGGCCGUACACAAUCUCCUCCACUGUGAGCAGCACCUUUAACCACAGCACCACAGAGAGCCCCAAAUUCCCUGGUAUUUCAUUGCUUGUCCCAGGCAAAAGUCCCAGUAAAUAUGGACGCCGAGGCAGUGCCAUAGGGAUAGGAACAGUAGAAGAGUCUUUGAUAAUCCCAGGAAAAAGCCCUACCAGGAAAAAGUCUGGUCCGUUCAGCUCCAGGCGAAGCAGUGCCAUUGGUAUUGAAAACAUACAAGAAGUCCAAGAGAAAAGCAGUAGAGAUCCAUCUCCCAAUACUCAGAAGACUCCUGACAGUGGUCAUGUUUCUCAAGAUCCAAAAUCUGAUAACUCAGAUCAGAGCUCUCCAGAGGUCCUCACAACCACCAAGAACAGGACCUCGUCUAUCCCUGAAGCCCACAACCUCUCCCGCUCCUCCUCCAACGCCAGCAGCUUCGCCAGCGUAGUGGAGGAGAACGAAACAGAGGCGGCGGAGGACUAUGACACCGGCAUGGAGAGUCUGUCGUCUGCAGGGACACCUCACAAACGGGACUCCCUCACCUACAGCACGUGGCUGGAGGACAGCAUCAGCUGCACGAGCAGCAACAGUCGUGGUAGUUCCCCAGGGCCUGGGAAACCUGAUCGAGGGAAGACCGGCGACGCCCGUAUCAAACUUGAGCGAUCACAUGAUAAUCAGUCCUCAACAAAACCCCAAAGUCACACUCUGUCUGUGAGAAGAGCAACAUGCAUUUGACCCAACCUGUGAAGAGGAGGAGGAUGACGAUGAAGACGAGUCAGGAUGAAGGCCGUCCAGUCGGUCGGCUGCUCAGGGAGGACAUAUUUCAAAGAAGAGGAUGCACAACAAGGGGCUUGUUGUUUCCUUCUGAUUCUUUCUUUGCCUGUUCACACAUCUGAAGCCUAGUUGUACAUUUUUCUACCUGACCUUUCAUUAUUUUUUUAAAUUGCACAUUUGAUCUAUUGAUGUAAAUGUUUUAUUUGUAAAAUACUUUAUUUUAGUUUGUCUUGCUGAACUUCAGGCUGUGUUUUGCUGUCUGAUGAGGGUGUCAGGAAAGCUGCAACACGAAGGUAACUUCUUGUGUUUUAAUGAAGAAAAAAAACUUGAAAUUUGGCUUCAUAAAUAUUUACUUCAAAAAUAUAUAUAUUUAUAUAUAUACAUAUACACACAAACACAC